AUGACAUCUCUGUACGCUCAAAUUACCGCUCUUCAACAACUGACUGAUCAAGAAAAAACAUCACUUCGUACAUAUUUCACCCAGAACCCUGCACAGAAAUGUGAAACAAUAGAAGUGCUUAGUAUCUGCCUAACGGACAAGGAUAAAGUUGCUUACCUUAACGCACUCAUAACACCUGGUCUGGCUUAUGUGCGACCACAACCUCUACUAGCCUCUUUGGGAUUGCAAUGGGAGUAUCAGCUGGGAUCUUUGAAAGAAGCCUUGCUAAGUGCGCUUAGACAACACUACAAAGACUACCAAGAUGAACCAAACGCAACUCGAGCUAUCGGCAAUCAGAUGCUUCUGCAGCUUCUUCCUGGCCAGCAAUUGGAAGAUAUAAUUAAUGUGUAUAUGCAACCAUUCCCAUUGGAUGUCUUGCGAUUGGUUGCCAAACACGAGAACAAGGGUUUGAAGGACGCUACAGUUAUCUUGGUCGUAGACAGAUUACAGAAUUUCAUGAAGAUAUAUGACGAUGGAUUAGACCUGCAAUCCAUGUUUUAUAAGACAUUGUCAACUAUCGGCGACCUUGCAAUGAAAGGCCCAUUUCUUAUUCCCUGUUGCACUGCAACGAUCAAUCGUCCAGUUGUAAACAGUCUAAUGCCGUCCAAGCGGAAGCAUGUAUAUCUUCUAGUGCCUCCUUUGGAGCCGCCGACAAUUGGUCAACAGCAGGUCUUUCAAAUAGAUGAUCAUCUAAUUAAACUUCUUGUGUAUGAUUGUGGCAGGCACAGAAGAACCCUAGAAAUUUUGGCCGAAGUCAUGCAAGAUGUCGACCUAAGGCGCUGCGAUUUCAGUGAUUUGAUGCGUAGAUUGCGUGAUCAACUUGCUGGGCGCUACAGUGAAGUCACGGAACUCACUCCCGAGGAUGUCGAUGCUAUAGUACGAGCAAUAUUAACCCAUCAACUGUUGGAUGCUGACAAGGCUCUUCCAGGUACAAAUAAACGCCCAGAUCAAAUCGAAUCACCUAGAUUGAUUCGAUUUGUCAAAGGCCGGGGCUCUACCGGAGAACAAUGGAGAGUCGUUGAUCCCGAAAUGUCUCAGAUGCUGGAUGAAGACAAAAAAACAAAGAUCUCAGAAGUUUAUUUUGGAUCACAGACAGAUACACGUACUCACCGUGGAAAGAAUAAGAACAACACCAAGUCGUUGAGAGUUCAAUGCGAGCACGAUACUAUCGAAUUCCGCGCGUGUGAAAAUAUCAUCAUCAACAAGACAUCUGCACCAUACGGAGAUUCUUUUCUUGCUCUUGACACUAAACCCCCUCGCAAUGAAGCUACAUCAGAAGAAGAUUUUUUUAUUCUCUUUACUACUCAAAAGGCCGAAAAUAUCAACCUUUCGCCAUAUUCCGGGAUUGUGGAUGGAACAUGCUGGGAAGCCUACUAUGGGCCAUUUGCUGGCAGAGCGUUUAUUUACAAUAUUGAUGGUCCUCUGGACAUCAAUACUGCUACUCGCUCGACACUUCAGUUGGUAGACGGAAUCGGCCCUGCCUUAGCAGAUUGUAUAAUGCGUAAAAGGCCAUUCCAAGACAUUUUAGACGCACAUAAAAGAACAAGCGUACCAGAAGUAUGUCUGAAAAAAUUCAAAUUUGGUAAAUAG